AUGUCUGAUAUCUCAUAUUUGAUGGUUUAUAAUGCCCAUGAGGGAACAUCUAUUAGAAUACCGAAACCAAUUCGAUUCCCCACCCUCCUGGAGUUCAAAAGUUUCCUACUGCAAUCGUUUUCAAUAGAGAAUGUGGAUGAUCUUUUCUUGUUGACUUCCUUCGGCAUCAAGAUCAACUACAAUUCCAUCAAUGACAUUUCUGAGGUGUUUGUUUUUGACAAGCGUUUGUUUAUCUCGGAAAUUGAUCGGAAAUUACUCAACUCGUAUAUUUUGCAUUCGUCAAAAGAUGAUAUCAGUUCUCCAGAACCGCUGCCUUUGGCUGAUUUUCCAAAAGCGCGUUCUAGAGAUGUUGCAAGCAGCGUCACGAGCUAUCAAGCAUGGGCCAGAGAAAUAGCACGAAAGAGCAAUAUUCUCGAAAGUCGAUGUCUGUCAUUAAUACAACAAAUCAACGCCAUAUUCAAGUCCUUGACAGCGCUAUUUCAAUUCGCCACAAGCUUCACCACCGAAGUUGAAAAGAGCUUUAGUCACCACUUCAAUUAUAUCAAUCUCAUUAGCAUCAAAACGUUGCAUAAAAGUUGGACGGAAAGCUACAAAAAUCUACAGCACCUACCAGUUGUUAAACUCAAAGACAAGCGAAUCAAGUUGGUUGAUUUUCUUGAUUACGAUUCCUUGCAGAGUGCAGCAACAUAUGUGGCGAAGCAACUUCCAUUAAUUACUGGGAAAUUCACUGAGUUGAACGAGAUGUGUAAAAUUAUGAAACUGGAUCGAACGAAAGUGGAUGAGCACAUUGAGAGGGCACGAAGACAAUCAAUAGAUCGAUUCAAGAACACAAAUUUGAACGAAUUAGUGAAUCGGAUAAAGGCCAAAGCCCAACUCGUUACCACUGAAUUUUUGAAUGUGCAUGGGGCCACACUUGAGCAAGUACUCAAUAAGCACAAGUCUCAUAUUUCAAUUGACCUCAAAAAUGAUGCAAACGACUUGUACAAGUACUACUUAGAUUUGGAAUCAUUUAAACAGCAACUAAUAAAAGACGGGCCAAAGAUAUACUCCAUCAUUGCUAAUUUGCAAAUGAAGGCAGUCAAUCUUAAAGCUGAGAUUAAGUCGUUGAUGGAAGACAACGGAGCUGAUAACUCAAGUGCUGUCAGUCAUAGAUCUAUUCAGGAUGUAAAAAAGUGCGAAGACUUGUUAUCUUUGACAAUUGAUAUGCCGUUGUUGUUUGGAUUUGCUAUGGUGGAGAAAAGGCGGCAGUUUGAAUGGUACGAUUUUUAUUCCAAAGGUGUUGUUCACAAUUUCAGCGAGCAGGUCACAUCAAUUGGAGAGAACGAAAGGGCGUUUCGAGAAGUGUGGAACAAGAAAGUGGGGACUUUUCUCAAUUACAUCAAUAAUGACAACUUUGUAGGAGUCUUGCCCAAUGUUGACAUAACACUAGUUGGGAACACGGACAAGAUUCCCACGUUUGUGCUAUUACAGAAUGUUCAAAUCGACAGGGAUGAUAUCCUCGACUACAUAUCCUUGUUGGAGACUUCUCAAGUGUCCACUCACUUUCCUGGAUUGUUGCGCAAGAAUUUCAAGGAUAUGAAACAGUCAACAAACAACAUGAAGAGAAUAACUAAACUAAUAUCAUCUUUAGGUUCGGUUUCAGAGCAACCGGUUGACAAAUUAGGUAAUCUGUCAGGUAAAGAGUCUCAAGAGAAUGUGGAUCUUGAUUUGAAUGUUGUUAGUGGACUCAAAUCUAGAAUCAAGAAACUAGAAAGUCUCCUACACCAACAACAAUACAAGAAUAUCACCAACUGGCCCGUGUUUCGUAAUGGGAAUUAUUCUGAAAAUAGGAUGAGCAUGAUUAUUGAUCCCAAGCAGCCUUCUUCAACGCCUGUUGUAAAGUCGGAUCCCACAAAGCUUUUGCAGAAAAGGACUCCAUCAAAGGAAAGUAUAAGCUCAACUCAGUCACAGGUGUUGGAUACAUCGGGGGUUGAUAAGCAUCUUGAUAAUAUCAAGUUGAGACGAGCCAACUCUGAACUUACGACAGAGAAUGAACACUUGCGGAAAGAGCGAGACAAUCAAGAUGAAAUAAUCUCGCAGUUGCGACAGGAAAUGGAGAAACUCAAAACAAGUCACAAGAAGGAAAUUGAAACUCUUGAUGGCAAAUUGACACUGCGUGAAGAGGAAUUCAGACUUUACAAAUUAGAGAGCAGAUUAAGCUCUAAAGAGUUUGAAAAUUUGGAAAAGAAAUUGGAGACAAAGGAUCGUACCAUUGGCCAGUUGAGCAGCAGGGUAUCGAUAAUGGAAAGGGAGCAAUCCCACCACGAACAAGAGAUUUCAAGUCUUGGUGGGACCAUUGCCAUUUUACGAAACGAAUUAAAUGACGCCAAUAGAAUGAAGAAUGACUUGUUGUCAAACAUGUCUUCAAAAGAGUCCGAGUUUGCUCAGGAGAGAACCACUAAUCAGAAUGAGCUCACCAGAAUUAAAUCGAAGUUGGACGAAGUGACUGAGGAUUAUGAAAACUUGAUGGAGUUGACUCAAGUCAAACAACAGAAGCAUGAUCAACUAAUUGUUGAAUCGAUUUCGUUGAUCACCACUUUGUUGAAUAAGCUAAAAUUGACAAUUGAAGGAUAUUUUGAAUCGUUUAUCGAGAUUUGUUGCGUUUUGGAAUCGAUGGGGUUGUUGUUGGUGAAAGAGGGAGACAUUUUCAAAAUUAAACGUGUUAAAGGAUUGAAACCGAAAAAGAGUACAGCGAAUUUAGAUGGAGAUGCGUCGUUGGUAUCUGUUACAGCUACGCCGACCUCAAAAGUAAUUGACGACAUUGAGGAGGGAAUGCGGUGGUUAAAUGAAAUCCCAGCUUCGCCCUGUCUUCCACCUGAUAGUUCAUCUGAUGAUAAUGAAAUUGUCAAUGUAGACAAGUACGAUGAGGAAGCCGAAAAGUUGGUUACUAAAUUCAAAGCAGUAUUUGAUGGCGAACAAUCUCAAUUCGACUCAUUUAUACAUCUUAUAAACUUCAAGGGAAACAUUCAAUUGGCAGAUGAAAAUUCAAGCAAUACGAGAUUUUUCCUUAAUGCCAUUUCCAAGAGAUUUAAAGAUGUUGAAGGUUUUGCUAAACGACAAACAAAGGAUAAUAAAUUGAAAGAACAAGAGAUUAGGAAGUUGGUUUCACGCAAUAAGCACAAGAUAUCAAUCAAUUCAUUUGAGGAAAAUGAUUUGUUGUUAUUUCUUCCAACAAGGGAUGAUAACCAGAAGGGAGAUGACAGUGAGGAGAAUCAACCGUGGGCUGCAUUCAAUGUUGGCGCACCGCACUAUUUCUUGGAUACGCUGCGCUUGAACAUGACUGGUAAGGAGUGGAUAAUUGGAAGGGUGCAGCUGAUCAAUGAGCACAAGGUGUCACCUGACCAAGCUAGCUCAUUGGAGCAUAACCCUUUCAAGUUGAGUGUGGGAGUUACAUGGUACUUGGUGCAAGUAACCGAGGAUCUAUGA